AUGACAGACGUCAUCAAUUUCGACAUCCUCGUUUCCCUGACGCUGCGGAUCUGCCUCGGCUGGGACCGAUUUUUACAGCGUGUCAUACAGCUCAACGUUCCGAUGAAUCUGAAAACACUCGAGAUUCAAGAAUCGAGCAGUGUAUCAUGUAGCUGGACGGAGGAUAUCCUCGCAGAUUUCCUGAAUGCAUUUGAGGGACUUGAAGAGCUUUACAUAAGUCACGUAAGGCCGGUUCCAGGCCUUGGUUUCUUAAACCGUAGCAUCCAUCGCCAUACAACGCUCAAAAGGUUUGUACAUCACCAGAGAACCAUCGAUAUUGACGAUGAGUCACCUCACUUUGAAGAGGAGCAUGACUUAUCCGAUCUUGCCAUUCUCGGACGCGAAUUGCGCCAGAUAAAAGAAGCCCCUUCGCAGAAUCCCUUGGCUUGGCUCAAUCUUGAAUUCAUUGGACUAGCCUGUGUCCCUGAACGUUUGAAAUACCUGCUGCUUCCUUUCAAGUCAAAGACCUCCUUGAAGGUACUCCACAUUCGCCAGUCAGGUUCAGACCUUAAACACUACGCAUCCUGGGCCGUGGAGGGGCAGGAUCGUACCUCGAGACAAGGAAGCGUGGCUUCACAUGAUAGUAUGGAGUCUUUACCCUGGACUGACUCGAGCGUCACAAGUCUACCUACCGAGAUGGAGGACGCGACUGUAAACACUCGUUAUUCAUACCGUGUUCAUUCUACCAGACAACUGACACUCUUGUUUAGCUGGAACUUGGGUUAUUACGAUGAUAACGAUGACACUAGUGGCAUUUUGCCACAAAAUUACUUCAUUCGCAGAGUUCUCUUUUUGAAUAAACGCUCUCCGCGUCCUUUGUUACCAGCAAUCCGCGUCCUAUCCCUUUCACAGGUGCCUAUUGCAGCUGAGAUGACAGACGUCAUCAAUUUCGACAUCCUCGUUUCCCUGACGCUGCGGAUCUGCCUCGGCUGGGACCGAUUUUUACAGCGUGUCAUACAGCUCAACGUUCCGAUGAAUCUGAAAACACUCGAGAUUCAAGAAUCGAGCAGUGUAUCAUGUAGCUGGACGGAGGAUAUCCUCGCAGAUUUCCUGAAUGCAUUUGAGGGACUUGAAGAGCUUUACAUAAGUCACGUAAGGCCGGUUCCAGGCCUUGGUUUCUUAAACCGUAGCAUCCAUCGCCAUACAACGCUCAAAAGGUUUGUACAUCACCAGAGAACCAUCGAUAUUGACGAUGAGUCACCUCACUUUGAAGAGGAGCAUGACUUAUCCGAUCUUGCCAUUCUCGGACGCGAAUUGCGCCAGAUAAAAGAAGCCCCUUCGCAGAAUCCCUUGGCUUGGCUCAAUCUUGAAUUCAUUGGACUAGCCUGUGUCCCUGAACGUUUGAAAUACCUGCUGCUUCCCUUCAAGUCAAAGACCUCCUUGAAGGUACUCCGCAUCCGCCAGUCAGGUUCAGACCUUAAACACUACGCAUCCUGGGCCGUGGAGGGGCAGGAUCGUACCUCGAGACAAGGAAGCGUGGCUUCACAUGAUAGUAUGGAGUCUUUACCCUGGACUGACUCGAGCGUCACAAGUCUACCUACCGAGAUGGAGGACGCGACUGUAAGACACGAGGCAUGGCUUAGGCAUAGAAUGCGGAAUGAAUUUUGCCGCUUCGCUGAGUGGGUGUUUGGACCAUAUGGAAUUAGCUCGCUGCGGAUCAUGGCAUUCGGAGACUUUGCCUAUGGAGGCCGCUCUAUCACGAAUAAUUUCCUUUUCGGCAGAAACACAGAGGGAAACAGCCAUUUCCGCCUCCUCAGCGAAUACGAACCAGAGUGGAAGAAUAUCCGAGACGAGUAUCGCCAUGCAUUAGGUGCUUGUCCAGUUGAAGCACUUCUUGGAGAUUGA